CCAGAGGGGCCGGGCCGGGCCGGGCCAGACCGUGGGGUCCUUUUGCGCUCAGAGAGAUAGCGGGAACAGGAUCUGGUCCCUGGAGAGGCGAGCGGGAGAGGCAGGUAUCACUUGCCAUGCUCUGCCUGGGCCGCUUCUACUCCAUCAAGCCAGCCCCUAUAGCCAUGGGCUCAUGAACCACCUCCCCCAUGGCCACUUCCUUCUUUCUUUUUCUCUCUUCAUGGUCUCUACCUCAGAUCCCAAGCCUGGGAACCUUUGCUCCACCCCCUGGCUUCUGCCCAGUCAUCUCUAUUGGCUGGGUGUUUCUUGUUGAGAUUGGAGGAAAGACGGCCUUCUCAGAGAGCCUGACUGGAGACAGGUGUUAGGCUUGAAGCCUUCGUGACCAUCCAGGAAGUUGGACAAUGGCAGCCGAAGUGCCAGCAGUGAGCACUCCCCUCAGCCCUUUGGUUCAGGUACCUCAAGAAGAAGAUGAACAGGCAGAAGUUACCACUAUGAUCCUGGAGGAUGAGGCGUGGGUGCAGGAAGCAGUGCUGCAGGAGGAUGGCCCUGAGUCUGAGCCCUUUCCCCAGAGUGCUGGAAAAGGCAGCCCCCAGGAGGAGGAUGAAGCCGAGGGACCCCGGGGUGCUCUUGUCCGAUUUCGGGAGCUCUGUCGGCGUUGGCUGAGGCCAGAGGUGCACACUAAGGAGCAGAUGCUAACUGUGCUGCCAAGAGAAAUUCAGGCCUGGCUGCAAGAACAUCGGCCUGAGAGCAGUGAGGAGGCAGUCGCCCUGGUGGAAGACCUGACCCAGACUUUUCGGCACAGUGAGUUUGAGAUACAGAGUGAGAAUGGGGAGAACUCAAAUGAAGACAUGUUUGAGGGUGUGGAGUCACAUGAGAUGUUCUUGAACGUCCCUGGAGGGGAAGGUGGUCAGCAGUCUGAUGGGGACAGUGACUUUGAGAGAGACUGUGGCUCCGGAGGCGCCCAGGGACAUGCCCCGGGUGAGGACCUCAGGGUCCUGCCAUCCGAAGGACGGGAAGUUGGCCAGCUAAUAGGCCUUCAGGGCACCUACCUGGGUGAGAAGCCGUAUGAAUGUCCCCAGUGUGGGAAAACUUUUAGCCGGAAAUCCCACCUCAUCACCCAUGAGCGGACUCACACAGGAGAGAAAUACUACAAAUGUGAUGAAUGUGGGAAGAGCUUUAGUGACGGCUCGAACUUUAGCAGACACCAAACGACUCACACUGGAGAGAAGCCCUACAAAUGCAGGGACUGCGGGAAGAGCUUUAGCCGGAGUGCGAACCUUAUCACGCACCAGAGGAUCCACACCGGCGAGAAGCCUUUCCAGUGUGCCGAGUGCGGCAAGAGUUUCAGCAGGAGCCCCAACCUCAUCGCCCAUCAGCGCACGCACACAGGGGAAAAGCCGUACUCGUGCCCCGAGUGUGGCAAGAGCUUUGGCAACCGGUCCAGCCUUAAUACUCACCAGGGAAUUCACACCGGAGAAAAGCCCUACGCGUGCAAGGAAUGUGGCGAAAGCUUCAGUUACAACUCCAACCUGAUCCGACACCAGAGAAUCCACACAGGAGAGAAACCAUACAAGUGCACCGAGUGCGGCCAGAAGUUCAGCCAGAGCUCCGCACUCAUCACGCACCGGAGAACGCACACCGGGGAGAAGCCCUAUCAGUGCAGCGAGUGCGGCAAGAGCUUCAGCCGCAGCUCCAACCUGGCCACUCACCGGCGCACCCACCUGGUGGAGAAGCCGUACAAGUGCGGGCUGUGCGGCAAGAGCUUCAGCCAGAGCUCCAGCCUGAUCGCGCACCAGGGCACGCACACCGGCGAGAAGCCCUACGAGUGCCUCACGUGCGGCGAGAGCUUCAGCUGGAGCUCCAACCUCAUCAAGCACCAGCGGACGCACACGGGCGAGAAGCCCUACCGAUGCGGCGACUGUGGGAAGGGCUUCAGCCAGCGCUCGCAGCUCGUGGUGCACCAGCGGACGCACACCGGCGAGAAGCCCUACAAGUGCCUCAUGUGUGGCAAGAGCUUCAGCCGGGGCUCCAUUCUGGUGAUGCACCAGCGCGCGCACUUGGGAGACAAGCCUUACAGGUGCCCCGAGUGCGGGAAGGGCUUCAGCUGGAACUCGGUUCUCAUCAUACACCAGCGCAUCCACACGGGAGAGAAGCCCUACAGAUGCCCCGAGUGCGGCAAAGGCUUCAGCAACAGCUCCAACUUCAUCACACACCAGAGGACGCACCUGAAAGAGAAGCUUUACUGAAGUGGCAGAAAAGAGAAGGAAGUGCUGAGCUGACUGCAGGGAGAAUUCCCACAGUGCCCCCACCCACCACCUACCCCCGCCGCCGCCACCUCCCCCACCCCCACCCCCGCCGUGUUGUCCCUUUAAAAGAACCAUUUUUCCUAAAUACUCUUUGUGAGUUUUUGCCAGA